GGUGGAACGCUCAGGCGUUUGGUGAGGACACCUCGUUGGGUCCUUUCUCACUGCCGUCGGGUGAGGGACGGUGCCCCUAAUUGCUGAAGACUGAGGCUACCCGGUGAAGGUCUCCAGGUUGCUCUGUCCACCGAUUUAUGAUUUUCUGCCGUAUCUUUAAAAAAAUGGCAACUAAUGGUGCUGUUCUGAAGAGACUGGAACAGAAGGGUGCAGAAGCAGAUCAAAUUAUUGAAUAUUUAAAGCAGCAAGUUGCUCUUCUUAAGGAGAAAGCAAUUUUGCAGGCAACUUUGAGAGAAGAGAAGAAACUUCGAGUUGAAAAUGCUAAAUUAAAGAAAGAAAUUGAAGAAUUGAAACAAGAGCUAAUUCAGGCAGAAAUUCAAAACGGAGUGAAACAAAUACCAUUCCCAUCUGGUACUUCACUGCAAGCUAAUUCCACAGUUUCCGAAAAAGUGAUACAGUCUAUACCAAUAACAACUGUAUCUUCUGGUGCCAAAGAACAGAUAACAGGAGGAAGAGCAGAAGAAAAGAUGAAAGAGAAAAUUGAAAUGAAAGAGAAAAAGGAGAAAAAACAAUCAAUAGCAGGAAGUGCUGACUCUAAGCCAAUAGAUGUUUCUCGUCUGGAUCUUCGAGUUGGUUGUAUCAUUACUGCCAGAAAACAUCCUGAUGCAGAUUCUUUAUAUGUAGAAGAAAUAGAUGUUGGAGAAACAGCCCCAAGAACAGUUGUCAGUGGCCUGGUGAAUCAUGUUCCUCUUGAACAGAUGCAAAAUCGGAUGGUGAUUUUACUUUGUAACCUGAAACCUGCAAAGAUGAGGGGAGUAAUAUCUCAGGCAAUGGUAAUGUGUGCUAGUUCACCUGAGAAGGUUGAAAUCUUGGCACCUCCUACUGGGUCUGUUCCUGGAGACAGAAUUGUUUUUGAUGCUUUUCCUGGAGAGCCUGACAAGGAGCUAAAUCCUAAGAAGAAGAUUUGGGAGCAGAUCCAGCCAGAUCUCUGCACUAAUGAUGAGUGUGUGGCUACAUACAAAGGAGUUCCCUUUGAGAUAUUGUAGGAACAAUGAAAAUUAACUUAGGAAUUAUGAGCUUUCAAGUUCACCAGCCUUGAGAUGAUGACUGAUGAGGGCUACCAAAAAGAAAUGCAUCUCUGGAGGUAGGAGUAUAGAUAUUGUUUGAAAGAAAAAUCAUACAUACAAUAUCUAGCUGCUUAUAGUCUCUAAUCAGAAAGAGAGGCAAAAUAAAUUUAAAAUAACCCUGCAUGCCAGCUUAUGAAAGGUAUAAUUAAAUUUCAUUUAUUUAAGUCCAUGGAGUUCUGGUAGGCCAGUUUUAUCUUCUUGCUGAAAAACCAAAUAUUAACAGAGCAUCAAUAGCAACAAUUGACAAGUAAACACAAAUGAAACUCAAAAGUUAUUUUGUACUCAGGAUAAAUUAUUCUUUUGGAAAUAAGACUGUGAUAAAAUCUUUCGUGAUUCUGUAUUUUCUAAUUUUUCCCAAUUAAAUUUCUUUAAAUAUUCUAAUAUAAAUUAAAGAAUGUUUCAACUACUUAGAUAAUUGAAAUAUUUGUUCCCAGGUUUUAAAAUUACAUAAAACAUUAAUCAAGUCAUCAGUGUAGCCCCAUUAUCAGUCAUUGUUUUUACAGGAAAAAGAAUUCUAUUUUAUUUGUCUCACUGGGAUAAGAGAGUUCUUACGGAAUCAACAACAACAAAAAUGGCAUUGGUAGUGAACUGUACAUAAACCUUUUGGCUUCUGACUAGUAUUCAGCCCUUUAAGGAUUUCAGCGGUAGAAGAUAGUGUUAGGUCACAGCCUAAACAGUUGGUGCCUUUCAGCCUCUAUUUAAACCAGAAAAUAAUAAAUCAAUGAAGUUGACCCAAUCACAUGAUGCUUUCUUAAGCAAGAUUGGCCCACUAUCUUACAGUGAAUAUUGGGAGUACUAACUUUUCUUAUAUUUAGAAAUUCCGUGUGUAUUAUUGCUUUGAGAUUAGUCAUUUUCAGGGUAUGUUGAUUUUAAUAUAAAAUUGAAAAUUUUUUCUCCGCCUUGCUUUCACUAAAAGCAUUAGGUACUCUAGGAUACAAGAAUAAGUGCCCACCAAACAGAUAAUUUAUCAUUGCUUUUUAAAAAUAUGUAAAUUUCUAUUUAGACUAUCUACAGAAUAUUCAAAGUAACUCAUUGCAGUUUAAUAAGAAGCAUGUCAGCAAGACAGAGGGUGUGGAUAAGACUGUGUCAAGCAACAUUAGUGAGUUUAACCAGGUCCCAGAGUCUUGGCCUUGGCUUUGCAGGUCCAAAAGCCUGCAUUUGUAGAUGACUGUCAGAGAUGCUAAGAUAUCCAAAGAGCUUAGUAUUGGUUUUGACACCAGAUUAUCUAGUUUUGAUUUCUGGCUGUACAACUUAAAUGCAUAUGUAAGCUAGGGUAACUGUUUAGCCUUUAUGUACUUUAUUCCCCUUGUUUAAGAUGGGUACAGUAAAGUACUUAGAGUUGUAAAGAGUGUGGGAGUUUAGUACCUAGAGUACUUAAGACAGUUCCUAUUAUAUAAUAGAUACAUAUCAUGUUGAUAUUAGUUUAUGGUAGAGACAUUCCUUUUCCAGAAACUAGCGUUCUUGAGAUUUCCUGAUAAGUUAAAUUCUUGUUCAGAACGUUACUCAGUGUAUAUGAAGUGAGCAGAGUAUCUUAAGGAAUAUUUCAUACAGACUGAGGUCCUGUUUUUUAACAAACUCUAUUAUUUUUUUGUACCAGAUAUAGUAUCUGUUACCUUGCUGGAGAUGUUCAUUACUACAUUACUGAAAAUUUCCCACUGAAAUCUGUUGUUUAGAUAUUUAGAUACCAUUCAUGUUCAUUGAUGCCCUUUGACUGGUUUAAUAUUAAUGAUAAAGUUUUAAAUAGUUUUGCAAUUUUCUUAUACUAGGAAGACAAUAUUUCUCACUAUUGUGUUUUAGUUUAUUAUAAAUAGAAGCAAUUCUCUUUUCAAGUUCUUGGUCAGUGGGGAAGCAUAUCACUAUUGCGUGUAACAGGAACAUUAAAAGGAUAUGAGUAUACCUCAGCUUUCCAGGGAAAUUAUAUGUUGUACCUUUAAAAAAAUAAAAAUACCAGAAGUGCUCAAUACUAAGGGUAUACUUUAGCCACAUAAACUGUGACACUCUGAGCAUUAUGCAACAAUGUAAAAAACUAAAACUUUAUCACCAAAAUACCAAAUAAAAACUAUGGAGGAAAAUUAAUGUAACUCAACUAACAAUAAUAUUGCAAAUUACUGUUCUGUGGAGAAACCUUUACUCUCCAAAAUUUCAAUUAAGGAAUAAACCAUGCCCUUUUCUAACAAAAGUUGGGGGAGGGGAGUAUAUUCAUAUUUCUCUAUUAUGGAUUUUUAUUAUAGAAUUAUUAUUAAGAUAUUUAGUGCUUUAUAGCUAACAAAAUAGUUUCACACAUCUUAUCUGUUUCUUAACUCUAUAGAGGUAGACCAGCCAUUUCAUUUACCCUAAAGAACCAACAGAAAAGUUAAAUAAAUGCCUGUGCUUAGUGUAACUAGCUGAAACCUAGAUCUUCUUCCAGCUUUUAACUAAUCCUGUGCUCUUCUCCAUUACAAUAUACUACCUUAUGUGUCACUUAAAUGCCCUGUGGUUUCUUGUAUUUGCAUGAGAAACAACUUUUCUUCUGUUUAAACUUUAGGAAAAGAUAGUGAUAAACUCCCUAAACUGUAGUAGUUCAUGUAAGGAGAUUAGGGUGACUCCUUUAGUGGAGUAUUUAAGAGAUUCUAAAGAGAGAAGUGAGAUCAUUCAUUAAACAUUGCUUUGGAGUGGUUGGUUACAAAGAUAAUUUACCAACUUUCUUCUUUUUGUUGCAGAAGUUCUUAGGAAGAAUCUCUUGGUAAAACAAGGCUGCUGCUGCUGGUAGCAGUUGGCUUGAUUCUAUGAAUAGUGUACUGUUGAGGGCACUGAUCCUGACUGGCCAUCCCCAAAGCCAACCUAUGGGAGAAGUCACUAAGUUCUGAUAGAUAGAUAGAUAGAUAGAUAGAUAGAUAGAUAGAUAGAUAGAAGUAAUAUUUAAUUAUUUAAUCCAGGAGCAACUCUAUAGUUACACCUCAUUUGCAGUACUGUUUGGAUGAUAAU